AUGUCUGGUAAAGUUAACCACAAGGAUCUGGACGACAGAUUCCUACAAUGUCCGAUAUGCCUUGAACGAUUCGUCAAACCAAAAAUACUGCCUUGUUUUCACUCGUUCUGUGAGUCCUGCCUCGCUUCCGAUGCCGCACGUCGGAAAAAGCCGAAGUGUCCAUUAUGUCGGAAAUUCUUCAUGAUACCGCGAGGGGGCGUGCAAGUUUUAGCUGAUAACCACCUGUUGAACAACAUACUGGACUUAGUGAAACGCUCUGAAAACAAGUACAGCGGGAAGAUGUGUGAAAGUUGCUGCAAGUACCCGAUCGCUUCCUACUGUGUCGAAUGCGGCCAGGCUUUCUGUGUGGCAUGCACGCGCAGUCAUGGGAAGAUACGUGUUACUCGGAAUCACAAACUUAUGUCCAUGGACGAAUACGAAAUCAUGGUCAGCUCAGAAUCGCCUUUUCUGAAACCAAUUAUCUGCCCCAGCCACGAAGGCAACCAACUUAAGCUUUACUGUCAGACUUGUCAGAUACCGAUAUGUCUAGAAUGUUCAGUGUACGAGCAUUCCAAACCAGACCACGUACACGUGGAACUGGAAGAGGCGGCGAUCGUGACAAAAUCGAAAGUUGACGGUUUGAAAACAUCACUGCACCAGGAAAUAGGCAAGAUUGACAAAACCGUGACAAUACUGGCAGAAAUGAUCAAAGAACUUGACGAAGCUAGUGAAAAUGCAGAACAGCAGAUUGGGGAUCAGUUUAAUAACAUACGCACCCAGUUAGAAGAACAAGAGAGAAAUUUGCACGAAGAGCUAGAAAAAGAAUUCGAGAGCAGAACUGAAACGUUGAAAAGGAAAAUAGAAAAAUUAAAGUCACUAAAAAUUAACUACGAUAGCUGUAAGAAAUAUGCCGAAGACUUGUUAAAGCAGAGUAACGAAGUUGGAUUACUUUGUUUAGAGAAGCAGCUAGAUGAACGGGUAAAACAGUUUCCGGAUUAUGAUAUCGAAACAAUACCUGUGCCAAUCUGUCUGAGAUUCGAAAAAAGCAAAAGUUUUGAGAAGAAGCUAGUAAAAGAUAAAGUUGGGAAACUAGUUACUGUUGACAGUAUUAAGAAAAAAGAGAAGUCGAUUAUGAAAAAACCCACAUUUGAAAAAGUAGCUACAAUCGGUAGCAAAGGAGACGAGGAUGGACAGUUCAAUUAUCCAGACGGGGUGGCGCUGUCUCCUACAGGACUACUGGUCGUUGCCGAUACAGGAAAUGGACGAAUACAGAUUAUGCAGCUCGAUGGCAGAUACAUUAAGAAAUUUGAUAUUCCGGAAAUGGAAGAAGAAAUUGUUCCCAUGGCGAUUGAAGUUUUGAGCAAAGAUGAAUUGAUGGUCUCCGACUUUGCAAACAAGACGGUCAUAGUGUGUGAUACUAAUGGACGUGUGAAAAUGGUUCUUUGGGAUGAAGAUCAUUUGCAACGACCAUGUGGGAUUUUACACUCUGAAAAAAAGGGAAUGUUUUAUGUAUCAGACGUCAGUUUGAAUAUCAUCCAAACUUUCUCUCGAUACGGAACUUUUCGAGGCACCAUGGCAACAGAGGGAGACAAAGAUGGCGAAGUAAGUCGUCCGUGUUUUCUAGCGCGGAACAGCAAAGGCCAUAUUAUCGCUGCGGAUAACCAGAAUCAUCGAAUACAGAUCUACGACAGCGACGGGAAAUUUCUUCGAAAGUUCGGGAAUCAUGGGGAAUAG